UAGCUGUUGUUUAGGAAUUGCUGGUUCAUUGGUUCAAAAACUAUGUACCAUUGCAUAACACUACUAUGCUGUGACCAUUUCUAUUGCAAGUUAAUUUAUAUUUAUGCUGUCUGAGCACAUGAAAAGUUGACCUUUGAACCAUGGUGUAGUUUGUUGUAUCAUUAGGGUGUCUGUAUGUAUAUGAUUGUUGAAUGAGUAAAUGAUGAAUAUUAGUGCUAUGUCUUUCGAAACCGGGAUUGUUUUUCUCUGUGUACACUGGUGUAUAUAUAUGUUAUGUUAUAGAAUGGGUUCAUGAGAUGGGGUCCCUUUGUACUUUGUAAGCCAUUGAGUGCAGAAUGUAUUGUAAGAGAAAAGAAAAAAGGCCACUCCAAAGUAAAAACACCUGCAAAAGCUAAACAGUCUAGCCCAGGUAGAUCACCUCCUGUACGUAUUAUGAUUGGAGGAAACCAGGCUGUAGUUACCUCCCCUCCUUUAGUAUCGCCCAGAAAUCUCACAUCUAAUUUCUCUUCUAUAACAACUAGUCUUCCUCCAGUUACAGCAACACAAUCUAAACCUUCUCCUGCUAAGGUAACAGCUCCCAGUCACCCAGUGAUCACUCAUAAUUUACCACAACAACCCAGUAGACCUUCGGCUAUGGCUACAGCCAAACCUCAAACCAAGAAUACCAUUCCAACAGCCAAUAGCAAUCUAACUGGUAAUGGGCCUUAUGCUGGUAACAUAUCAUCAAUGAAUAUGUCCUCAUCAGUGAAUAAUGGCUUGGUGUCUGGGACUAUUAGUCCACCACCAGUCAUAUCACCCCCUAAUAAAACUCUACCACUAACUGAACUAGCUCCCAUGUCUCCUAUCCUACCACCCACUAUUGAUGAGAGGAGUAAAGAAGUGUAUAAGUUUGAAUUCAGUGAUGAGGAUUCCAUGAGUCCUAAACCUAUCUCUAAACCUGCACCUCCUGGGGCUACUAUCUCUGCCAGUGGUGUUGGAGUAUCAUUCAGUGUUAGCUCUGGGUUGAAAGCAUCUCAACCUAGUCUUGAUAUUCCAAUGGAACCAGAACUCAAACCUACUCCACCCCCAACUCCACCUGUUCCAGUCCAACAACAACAACCACCGCCAUCAUCAUUACAAUCACAACAGCAACAACUUGAAUCCAUUAAAAAGCAGGAGAGUAAGUUGAAGAAUGCUACAUCAUGGUCCAGUCUUGCUGCUGGUUCCAAUAGUUCUCAAGGUGGUGGAAGAAAAUCACAUGCUACUAGUAGUUUUGAACAGUUUAGAAAACAGGCCAAGGAAAAGGAAGAAAGGGAGAAGUUAUUAAGAGAACAGACUGAAAGAAGAAAACAGCAGAAAGAAAAGGCUGAAAGAGAUAGGGUUAGAUUAGAACAAGAGAGACAAAGAGAAAAAGAUGAAGAUGAAGCUUUAGAAAUGGCUCGUAAAGCUCAAGCUAAACAAGAUGAAGCGGCUAGACAAUUAGAGGCUACCAAACAACAAGAACUAGAAGCUGUUAAUAGACAGAAAGAUUUACAAAGACAACGAGAACAGGAAAGAAGGAGACGAGAAGCUAUGGCAACGAAUAUUGAUAUGAAUGCUCAGAGUGAUAUCAUGGCCUCGUUUGAAGAAAUGUUUUAAGUGAAUUUUCUAGACUGUAUUAUAUGAUUACUAGAGUUGACCUCUUGAUUAUUACUGAUUUAAUCAUUCUGGUAAUGUGUGCUGAUUUAAGGUGAAAGCUACUGAUUUUCUACCAGUGAAAAAUUUGACUGUCUAUUAACGAUAUUAUGUGAAUUCAAAGUGAAAGCUACAAAUAUUUUAUCCGUGAAAAAUUUGACUGUAUAACAGCAAUAUGAUCUGAAUUUGACAUGAAAGCUUCAAAAUUUCUAUCUGUGAGAGAAUGACUGUAAACGAACAGCAAUAUUAUGUGAAUUGGAUUUUGGUGACAGCUCCAGAUAUUUCAUUUGUGAAAGAUUUGACUAUAAAUGAACAGCAAUAUGUGUGAAUCUGUAUGGUUUUACAAGAACAAAGUAAAAACAAAUAUGCACACUUGGAAUGUUAGUAUAUGACAUUGAAGUGAAUUGGUAAGAAUUGGUAUUGAUAUUGGUGUUGUGUGGUAAAGCUAUAGAACAAACUACUAUUUUAUGAGGUACAUAGGUGUUAUAACUUGAUUGAAACUAAGAGAUGGUAAUUGUAAAUUCUAAGUGAAAUUUGAUUAUAACUCAAUUGUGAAAAACCGAUUUAACAUCAUGUGCUCAAAGUGUAUUUGAAACAAGACUUAUGUACUGUUAAAUAACAGAAAGACUUAUAAUGCAAUGUGCAAAUAAAACAAUUAUUGGACGCUUUUGAACGGUAUAUAUCUGAUCCUUUAGCUUGCGUAGAAUGUGUAGUGGUAUAUUAUAAUAUAGUAUGAAAUAAGAGUAUAAUCAGUGAUAUAUGUAAGGAAUAAUUCUACAGAUUUAUAACAAUCUGUAGGUAGUGAUCAGGGUGAAAUAUCUUUCAAUUUUAAAUUAUCAAAAUACUGUACAUAUAUUAUGUACAAAUUGAUAUGGACUUUUUUUUUGUUUUUUGCUAUGUAAAAACAUGAAUGAAUGAUUAAUUUCAAUGGUGCUUGAAUACAAAUAAAUUAUUUGUCAAUUUUGUAUAAAUUGAAUCAAGAUUCGUUAGUUCGCUUCUUUUUUCUUUUCCAUCCAUUGACUUGUUUUCACUAUCAGUAUUUUUGAGUGAAAAUCAUCCAAUUUCAUCAAUUUUGUGUAAAAAGAGUUUUCUUCAUUGUAAAUAUCAUUUUAAAUAUGAAUGUUAAUCGUUAGUCAUUGUGUUUAGACCAUACAAAAUGGUGACCAGAUAAUUGGUCUACCACAGUUUUCAUUUAAUUUAAUUUUUUGCUUUCAAUUUUGAAAAUCAUUGAUACUAUUGUAGCCUUAAUCAUCCAGUUUUGUUAUUAUUUUCCAUUUCAUAAUCAUCAUAUAUACUAGCCCAAACUACAAUAUUGGAAAUUUAAAAAAAAAAAAUCCCAAUAGCUCCAUUUCAUUUCAUUUCAUUAUAAUUGUGUAUUAAUUAAAGAUUCGAAAAUUUUUGAAAAAAAAAAAUUAUUUAUUGUUUGAAACUGUAAUUAGAUUUGCAUGUAAAGAUAAUCAUUAUUUUGUAUGGCCUCAUUUGUUUUAUUCACAAAUAUCUGAAUAAAUUGUCAUUAUUUUUGUUAAAACUGAA